UGUAAGCAUUUCAAGUUCCGCACAAGAGAGGAAGCAGGCAUGUCAGCUCUUUGUCCACCGCCGUCUCCUGCAGUUGCUAAAACAGAGAUCUCUUUGAACGGCGAGUCGCCUUUAUUAGCUGCCACUUUCGCUUACUGGGACAACAUUCUUGGCCCCCGAGUGCGACAUAUCUGGGCCCCAAAGACGGAGCAGGUGCUUCUCAGUGACGGUGAAAUCACUUUUCUUGCUAACCACACCCUGAACGGAGAAAUACUUCGGAACGCAGAAAGCGGUGCCAUAGAUGUGAAGUUCUUCGUCUUGGCAGAAAAAAGGGUGAUCAUUGUGUCAUUAAUCUUUGAUGGGAACUGGAACGGAGACCGAAGCACGUACGGACUGUCCAUUAUACUGCCACAAAGCGAACUUGGCUUCUACCUCCCGCUUCACAGAGUGUGCGUGGACAGGCUGACACACAUCAUAAGGAAGGGAAGAAUAUGGAUGCACAAGGAGAGGCAAGAACAUCUCCAGAAGAUUGUCUUGGAAGGCGCAGAGAGAGUGGAGGAUCAGGGCCAGAGCAUCAUUCCCAUGCUGACAGGAGAAGUAAUUCCUGUAAUGGAACUCCUUUCAUCUAUGAAAUCACACAGCGUUCCAGAAGAAAUAGAUAUAAGUGACACAGUGCUAAACGAUGAUGACAUUGGGGAUAGUUGUCACGAAGGCUUUCUCCUCAAUGCAAUUAGCUCACACCUGCAGACCUGCGGCUGUUCUGUCGUUGUAGGAAGCAGUGCAGAAAAAGUUAACAAGAUCGUGAGAACGUUGUGCCUGUUCCUCACACCAUCAGAGCGGAAGUGUUCCAGGCUCUGCAGAAGUGAGUCUUCCUUCAAAUAUGAGUCGGGACUUUUUGUUCAAGGUUUACUCAAAGACGCGACAGGAAGCUUCGUGUUGCCCUUCCGCCAGGUGAUGUAUGCUCCGUACCCGACCACGCACAUCGACGUGGAUGUCAACACGGUGAAGCAGAUGCCCCCGUGUCACGAGCACAUCUACAACCAGCGGCGGUACAUGAGGUCUGAGCUGACAGCGUUCUGGAGAGCUAAUUCAGAUGAGGAAAUGUCUCAAGACCGGAUUAUCUACACUGACGAGAGCUUCACACCUGACCUAAAUGUCUUUCAAGACAUCCUGCAUCGAGACACAUUAGUGAAAGCUUUCCUGGAUCAGAUCUUCCACCUGAAGCCUGGCUUGUCUCUAAGGAGAACCUUCCUGGCACAGUUUCUGCUCGUCCUUCACAGAAAAGCCUUAACUCUCAUAAAAUACAUCGAGGACGACACUCAGAAAGGGAAAAAACCUUUCAAGUCUCUUCGUAGCUUAAAGAUAGAUCUUGACCUGACCGCAGAGGGCGACCUCAACAUCGUCAUGGCUUUGGCGGAGAAGAUGAAGCCGGGUCUGCACUCCUUCAUCUUCAGCAGGCCCUUCUACACCAGCGUGCAGGAGCGGGACAUGCUCAUGACCUUCUGA